AUGCCCCGAGUCAGCAUCGCGUGUGCCGCGUCCCUGCUCCUCUGUGGUGCCUGCUUCGUCGUGCCCAUCAGCCUCAACUCGACGCCUCGGACGAAGUCAGGUGUUGUGGUGGAACUUCCCGUUCAAAACCAGACGCCUGAGUCAACCUCCUGGGCCUUCUUGGCUCUUGGCGGAGCCUUGGGGCUCUUGAUUGCAGCCGCCGCAGCCCGACCUGCAUGUGCUGCAGACCUGGAGAACCGCGAGGCUGUCUUGAAUAGCAGUUGUACCGCCUGCCACGCUCAAGGCAGCAACUUUGUGUUGGAGAAGAUUAAUGGAGAUGCCCUGGUAGAGUACCGCAAGCACGACGUCCAGGCCACUAUCGCCCGGGUGACCGACGGCAAGAGUGCUUUGCCCUCCGUCGGGCAGAAGUUGCGACUUGACAACUUCGAAGACGUGGCAAGCUACGUCUACGCCAAGGCUGACAAAUGGUGA